AGGGCUUCAGCAUCCAAAACACACGGGGGAGGUGCGCCACGGAGACCAGAGCACCGGACCCACACGGAGCAGCAUCACGCUCACCGGUCCUCCGUCAGACUUGGUCCCCACGCAGGAGCGCGUCAAACCCCGGAGAGAGAUAUUGAUCCCUGCCGGCUGCCCAUGUGAAGACUGGAACUUCCCCGCUGCCCCUUUUCAAAUAUGAUGUGUGUGCCUCGACCUCCAGCCCCACCACCGUCUCCACCUGCCAUGGUCACUUGAUGCACCCCUGAGUGGUUUGCUCUCCCAUUCCGACUCGACCAAGCGCUCCCUCCAAAACAGACGUCCGCCGGCCGCGACGCCAUGACGGUGGCCGUGCGAUUCCGCCGCCACUUACGGCGGCUCCUCCUCCUUCUGGCUUCCUGCUGUCUCCUCUCCUUGCUCCUGUCUGCCUACUUCCUCUUCACCAACUCCUCGCCUUCCAUGCAAAUAGGACAAUCCUCCGAGCCCGCUUGCUCCCAGCCCCUCUCCAUGUUCCCGUAUCGCCAACUCCCGUACCCGUACCCUCCGAAUCCACCUCACACGCACGUCCACACUGACCUGGUGGUGCUGGUGCUUGUGGAGUCCCAGUACUCUCAGCUGGGUCAGGACAUUGUGGCUAUAUUGGAGUCGGCGCACUUCAAGUUCCGCAUGGAGAUAGCCUCAGGGAAGGGUGACCUCCCGCCUUUGACGGACAAGGGCCGCGGACGAUAUUCGCUCAUCAUUUAUGAGAACCUCCUCAAGUACGCACAUGCAGACACAUGGAACAGACAGCUGUUGCAUCAGUACUGCACCGAGUUCAGGGUGGGCAUCAUCGGCUUCUACCGCUCCACCGACAUCUCCCCGCCUCUGCUCAAACUCAGAAACUUCCCGCUAGUGCUCAGGACCAAUCAGGCCCUUUGGGACUGCUGCGUAGUGUCCACCUCUCCAAUCCUCAGCCUAACCAAACCCGGCACGGACCGUGGGGCCUUACCCGGCGAGGACUGGACCUCUUUUUCCUCCAAUCACUCCACAUACCAAGCUGUGCUCCAUGCCCGGGCCAAGGACGCAGCAGGGGCGGGCAGCGGUGACAAUCCCAGGCCCGGCUUCAGCCUGGGCCUGCAGGCCACUGUUGUGCAGGACAUGGGGCUCUUCGAUGGGGUGAGGAGGGUGUUCUUUGGCCAGGGCCUUAACUACUGGCUCCAUAGACUCAUCUUAGUGGACACCAUCUCCUACCUCACUGACAGGAAGCUUACUUUGGGUCUGGACCGGCACAUCCUGGUGGAUAUCGAUGACAUUUUUGUGGGAAAGGAAGGCACCCGCAUGAACGUCAAGGAUGUGAAGGCGCUUCUGGAUACUCAAAGACAGUUGCGAGCUCACAUCUCCAACUUCACCUUCAACUUGGGCUUUUCUGGCAAAUUCUAUCACACAGGUACCGUGGAGGAAGAUGAGGGAGACGAUUUACUGCUGAAGUACGUGGAUGAGUUCUGGUGGUUUCCCCACAUGUGGAGCCACAUGCAGCCUCACCUCUUCCACAAUGAGUCCUCACUGCUGGAGCAGAUGGUGCUCAACAAGGAGUUUGCGUUGCAACAUGGCAUUCCAGUGAAUAUGGGAUAUGCAGUGGCCCCCCACCACUCGGGGGUCUAUCCGGUCCAUCUGCAGCUUUAUGAGGCUUGGAGACGAGUAUGGAACAUCCGGGUGACCAGCACGGAGGAAUACCCCCACCUCAAGCCCGCCCGCUACCGCAAGGGUUUCAUCCACAGUAACAUUAUGGUGCUACCUCGUCAGACGUGUGGCUUGUUCACUCAUACCAUCUACUAUAAGGAAUAUCCCGGUGGGCCUAAAGAAUUGGACAAAAGCAUACGAGGAGGAGAGUUGUUCCUCACUGUUUUACUCAACCCAAUCAGUAUAUUCAUGACUCACCUGUCCAACUACGGCAACGAUCGUCUCGGACUCUACACAUUCGUCCACUUGGCCUCUUUUCUUCGCUCGUGGACAAACCUAAGGCUCCAUACACUUCCUCCUUCUCAGCUGGCACACAAAUACUUCCAGUUGUUCCCUGAACAGAGGGACCCACAGUGGCAGAACCCGUGCGAUGACAAACGACACAAAGAUAUCUGGUCGAAAGAGAAGACCUGUGACAGAUUACCCAAAUUCUUGGUGGCAGGACCACAGAAAACAGGGACAACAGCACUUUAUCUUUUCCUCCUCAUGCAUCCCUCCAUCUCUAGCAACUUCCCCAGUCCAAAGACUUACGAAGAGGUCCAGUUUUUCAACACCAACAACUACCACAAAGGAAUAGACUGGUAUAUGGAGUUUUUUCCCGUACCCUCCAACAUCAGCACAGACUUCCUGUUUGAGAAAAGUGCCAACUACUUUCCCUCAGAGGAGUCCCCGCGGCGCGGCGCAGCUCUGCUGCCUAAGGCCAAGAUCAUCACCCUUCUCAUCAAUCCCUCGGAUCGAGCCUACAGCUGGUACCAGCAUCAGAGAGCUCACGAGGACCAUGCGGCACUCCGCUUUACCUUCUACGAUGUCAUCAGCGCCAGGUCAGGCGCCCCGGCAGAACUGCGUUCCCUGCAGAACCGCUGUUUGAACCCUGGCCUGUAUGCCACGCACCUUGAGAGAUGGCUCACGUACUACCCUGCUAACCAGGUAAUGAUCAUCGACGGCCAUCAGCUGAGAGCAGACCCUGCUGCUGUCAUGGAUGAAGUCCAAAAAUUUCUGGGAGUCACUCCUCAUUUCAACUACUCACAGGCUCUCACUUUUGAUCCUCAAAAGGGAUUCUGGUGCCAGCUCCUUGAAGGAGGAAAGACAAAGUGUUUGGGGAGGAGCAAAGGACGAAAGUAUCCUCCUAUGGAACCAGAGGCUCGGGCAUAUCUGUCCAGGUACUACAGGGAACACAACGUGGAGUUGUCAAAGCUGUUGCAUCGCCUCGGACAGCCUCUUCCCUCCUGGCUGAGAGAAGAGUUGCAGAAGGUUAGAUAACCUUUGCAUCCAUGAGCCGGCGUUAAAGGCUACAGGUGAACGGAGCAAACCUGGAGCACCGACCCUCAGAUGCACUCUCCAGCGAACCCCGAGGGCAAGACGAGGAACAUGAGGCCUUGUUUCACACCGCUGAAAGGCAAAGAAGUGAAGAGAGGGCAACACAAUUGGAACAGUUGGGCUGGGGUGAAAGGAUGAUUGGUUGGAGCGGCUUGAAAGUCACUGAGGACAAAGAGUUCAUGAAAGUGGAACUCUCACGCAGACCUGCAGUAAGGGUUUGUGUGAUUUUCAACUUUAAUUUAUCACACCGGAACAGCGCUGGUCAGCUGUGUGAACCCAGUCAUGUGCACUACUUCUUCAAAGAUAAAAUGAAAGAAAAAAAAGAUGGAAAAAAAACCCCACACAAAAUCCCUUUCGUUUCUUGUGUUGUUCCUGCCACAUUAAGAAUACGAAGAAGGGGCAUCGUCUCAGGGUGUGUGGCCGCCUGUUGUUUGAUUUUCUUUGAGUUUGUUUGUUCAGAGUGAAAGUAGUUGCUAGUAGAUCUGGCAGCCUCGUUCACUUCAGAGAUGUCACCCCAGGCUGUCUCCAGAAAAAGUGGGAAGGCGCGUUGAGGUAAGAGGUCUGUACGUUACUUUCUAGCAUGAAGAAGAAAAUGGCGCAAUCUACAAGGUUGGUGGUGUCAUUGCUGAAGACAGCGGCAAAGGCAACCGACCAAAACGAGCGGACGGAUCGCGUAUGAUGCCUGGUUGUCCCCCCCCCCAUCCCCGACCCCCUCCUUAUAAGUUGUUUACCUUCAGUUUUAUGACAACAAUCUUAAAAU